AUGAGUAAUAAUACUACUGUAGUUCCCAAAUGCGCACUUUUGACCUCAGAGGAAACUACGACUGUGUAG